UCUUUAUCAAGUUCAUAUUAAUGAAUUUCGUAAAAUGAUUCAUCAAAUUAAUUCUAAUGAUUGGGAUAAAACUGCAAAACCUUUUAUUUCUGAAACUCUUUCAAAAGUUUUAAAUGAAGAAAAUCAGGUAAUUAAAGGAUCAACACAGGAAUUUGAAAAAUUAAAAGAAAUUGAAGAAGAGCGGCUUAAAAGAUUUGAAGAAAAAUUUAAAACAAUUGAAGAAGACCGAAUUAAAAGAAUAGAAGACUUAAUUUUAGAUUUAAAAGAUUU